AUCGGAGCAACAUUAGCGGGUCCCUCGGGGUCGAAGAUAGUUUUGCUACCCGAUCAGUACACUGAGGCCAAUACUCCGCAGCUAAUCAAGGCCGCUCUUGACACGGCAUUCCCCACGCCCAUACCGGGGUUCAACCUCACUAAUGCCACCUCCCUGCCUUUCACCAUUGGAGCGAACGUCGCUUUGAUCGCAUAUGGAGGAUCUCACUUCGGCAGCCGCUUGACAUCCAUGAACCCCAUCGCGCCCGCCCCCAACACAAGCUUCGAGCGACCAAAUGUAACCCAGAUAAACUUAGGAUCGAUUGUCAUGGGAUCUGGUGCUUGGGUGGCAUUCGAAUCGCAGGUUGGAAACUUGAAUCAGCGAACGAUCAUUUGGGAGACUGUCCCCGAUAUGGGGGAGCUUCCAUCCGGCGCAAUCGGUCAGGGGUUAACGUUGUUAGACUUGGAAUAUGGUACCUGUUCUCCUGCAUGCGCAGGCGCCGGAGUUUGUACCUCGACUGGAGUCUGUGCAUGUCCUGUCGGCUUCACUGGAGCGAGCUGUGAGACGUGCCAAUCGAGCUUUUUUGGUCCGAAUUGCGACGCUUGUCCUGCCGGUUGUAGUGCAUGUGAUGAUGGGACUACGGGAUCCGGCAAGUGUUUGAGUGCUCCUGCCGUCAACCCGUCUGCAUCCUGUAACUGCCUCAACGGGGUAUGCACCUCGACAGGAACAUGCCAAUGUAAUGCAGGAUGGGCGACGGGGGCUAAUGGGACAGCCUGCUCCACAUGCGCAACUGGCUUCUUCCUCGACGCAGCAGGACAAUGCGAGAUCUGCAAACUAAGUUGUGCGGCAUGCGCAUCCGGAACCGGAAUUUGCACUUCAUGCCAACCUGGUUUCUCCGUUAGCCCCACCGAUAACACCGUCUGCGUACCCAACACGCAACUGGCAGCAGCAACCACUUGUCCUGAUGGUCAAUACUGGAGUGGUUCUGGGUGUGCAUUCUGCUCACCUGUCUGUCAAACGUGCAAUGGUCCCUUAUCCAUCAACUGUAUCGCAUGUGGCGUGGGCCGCUUUUCACUCAAUGGAACGUGUGUCAACGUUGGUUCGGAUGGCACUUGCACGCCGCCGGAUGCUUCGAGCCCAGCGACACUAGUUGCAAAUAAUGGCAAGAAUGAAUGCGACGCUUGUCCGCCGAAGUGUACCAAAUGUGGAAUACCGGGCUUCAACGUCGCUUCACCCUUCAGCUCUGUUCAAUGCACUAAUUGCUUGCCUGGUUUUGUACUGUCACAGGGACAAUGCGUUAGCCAGUGCCCAACUGGCACCUUUGUUUCUCCCACUGACAACCUCACUUGUGCCGCCUGCGAUUCGACCUGUUCUACCUGCGCUGGAUCGGCAACAUACUGCCUUACAUGUUCCCAAAGCUCGCAGUUUGCCCUCAACGGUACAUGCUCCUCGUCUUGUCCUCCUGGGACGUUUGCCUCUUCCGGUGCUUGCUUGCCGUGUCAUUCAGAUUGUGCAACUUGCAGUGGAUCUAGUUUCUCCCAAUGCCUUUCCUGCGCUGCUUCGAGGCCAGUCAUGUCAGGAGCAGGCAGAUGCCUACCGACCUGUGGGCAAACCCAGUACUACGAUUCUGCGACCUCGUCGUGUCAGCCUUGCGAUCCCUCUUGCUCGAGCUGUUAUGCGCCAGGCUCUUCAUCAUGCCUAGCCUGUGCCGACAAGACGAAGGUGCUCAGUGCGGGGAGCUGUGGCUCUGUAUCCUGCUCAAGCAAUAGCACUGUGGUGGCGGCGCUGGGAUUGUGUCUCUCCGAACUCGUCACUGUUGCACCGAGUAAUACCACGACCCCAGAUACUCCACAAAUAGGCACAACGCCUGACGGAUCUCAGACCGUGACAACCGUGAACACUCAGUCUUUAGCCUGGUGGCAGAUCUUACUCAUGGCGCUCGGAGGAGCGUUCGUCCUUCUGCUCCUAACGAUGAUCUGGCGGCGUUAUGCCAGGCGACGACGUGCGCAAGAAACACGCGACUUUGCGCACGACAUGGACCGAAAACGAUGGCAUCAUCGGCUGCAGGACAUGCUCUUCCUGCGGAGAGAAAAGGUUCCCAUGCAGGAUGUCCGACCACUGUACCGCGAGCGGAUUGACGACUGGGAACUUCGAAGCCUGACUUCCGGAGGGCGGUCCGGGGCGAACGUAUCCCCUCGCAGGUCGAAUCGCUCAGAGACGCAAAGGGAUUCAUGGGAUUCGAUCUCCACCUUCCAGAUACGCGGCGCGACCCCUCACGCAGACAGGUUCGAGUACCGGGACCUGGAGGGCUCCGUCCGGUCCAAAAGGAGCCGGGGCGAACCGAGGGAACCGAUCCGCGACCGCGAACUCCAGCGGGCCUCGGCAGCGACCUCUUCCUACUACGCCCCGACGAGGAGGACUGCGUCACCCCCCGUGGUACCGCCGCUCCCGGAGAGAGAGCGGUCGACGACGCCGUUCAGUAUCCCGAGGAAGGCGCCGCGGUACCCGUCUGGGUUUGGACCAGAUGCCCCGCCGGCGAGGAAUGUCGACUUGUUCGCUCCCCUGGAAGAGGAUGGUGCACAUGGUCCGCCGGGGUCGUACCUCACGCCUAACCUCACGGGUAGCUCGGGCAACUCGAACAACCCUUUCCGCGCAAAGGCUUUCUAACUCUGUUUCCC